AUGUCGUCAAAUCCUCUCGCUCUGUUAGCUUGGAUUGGGGAAAAGUUUUUAGAGUGGCCAGAGAACCAUGUCAGCGUUGACGAGGUAUUGACUGGCGUGACCCUGUAUUGGUUCACCGACAGCUUUCCACGCUGCAGCUAUACUUAUCGUGACACCUUUCUCGUGAAGCCUCCCUUCUCUCAGCCAUUUAAUGACAAGCCUUUCGGCUAUUCAUGGUUCAUGCAUGAACUUGCGCCAAGGCCUAAGAAAGUUGUGGAAAAGAAGGGCCGUCUGGUUUUCUAUCGGCAGCACGAGAACGGUGGACACUUCGUGGCCCUUGAGCGACCUGUAGAAUUCCUACAGGAUAUCGAGGAUUUCAUGGACGUGGUUUUGAAGGAGCAUUAA